GCCAUUGUUGUUGUUUCAUCUGCAUUCUGUUCUGAAAGCUUCAGCUGCCUAUCCUUUCUUGCAUUUCUAGAACCUGCCACCAUGAAUGCGAGCAGUUAUGUUCAAGUUGAUCGGAUGAUCUGGUUCCCCCUGCCUUUGUCCCCCCUGACUUAUCCUGACCCUUGUCCACACCCCACGUCAGAGUCCCUGACCAUCCCUGCCCCCUUGUCUGACCUGCCCGUCCCCCAGCCCCUUCGCCCCAGCACUGUCCCUUCUGUGUCCCUCACCAUUGCUGGUCAGUUCAUCGUGGAUGACACUGACUUUGUUGAAGUAGAUCUUGGUGAUGAGGAAGUUGCCCAACCAUCCCACUCCUUCCUGAAGACCUUGCUGUCUAGGAUGGCCAACUUCUUCAGAAGAGUCAAGAGUGUGUUUAAGAAGAAGGACCUCUGA